GCCGAAGAUGUCGGCUCGGUCAUGUGAUCAGCUGUGGGACAUCUACACAGAUCAUCAGAGCACUGAUGAUCAGUCAGUGCCACCUGCCAGUGCCCAUCAGUGCCAGCUCUGUGCUCAUCCAUGCCACCUGCCAGUGCCCAUCAGUGCCACAUCAGUGCCACAUUUCAGUACCCAUCAGUGCCACAUCAAUGCCUCAUAUCAGUGCCCAUCUGAGCUGCCUUUCAGUGUCACCCAUUAGUGCCAGUCAGUGCCACCUAUCAAUGCCAGUCAGUGCCACCUAUCAGUGCUGCCAAUCAGUGCCACAUAUCAGUGCCAGUCAGUGCCGCCUAUCAGUGUGCAUCAGUGCCGCCUAUCAGUGCCCGUCAUUGCUGCCUAUCAGUGCCGCCUAACAGUGCCAUGCCAGUCAGUGCCGCCUAUCAGUGCCGCCUAUCAGUGCCAUAUAUAAGUGCUGUCUUUCAGUGCCCAUCAGUGAUGCCUGUCA